CUGUGACUGUGAAAACAGCAGUCUGGAGGAGAGUGCUACCGCGAAGUUUUUUUUUACUCGAAGGUUGAGAUCUGACUUGCUACCAUAUUAUUACAAUACCGAAAGAAGUCUCUCGCUGACUUAGAGAGCUUUGCGUAAAUCGGUCUUGAUUUGUUUAAAGACUUAUGACCAGUAGGACGUUAGAGCUGUUUGUAAAGCUACUCUUUAAAAAGCUGGACCUGAGCUGCAUGCUUCCCGUGUCGUGCCUCAGCUGAAAAGCAAUAACACUUGGAGACAUGACGCUGUGGUCGGGGGAUCUUCUUAAUGCGUGUCUGUGUAAUCCUGCAGGAAAAGAAAAAUGCAGAAUUUCCGCGGAGCAGGUCUGAAGCACUGUAGCGUGUUUUUAUAUACAUGACGCUAUAACACGUCUGAAACCUAAUCUGUCACUGCCCUGGACGCUCACAUGAAUUGGACUGCAGCUGCAGCGCCUGGCGGUAGGGAGCGGGCGUGCCUGUGCCUGCUCUGCGGUCUCCCUGCCGCAGGGAAGUCCACUCUAGCCCGGGCACUUGCCGGGGAGCUGAGGCAGAGCGGCUGGGACUGCCUCGUACUUUCUUACGACGAGCUUAUACCGGAGGAAGCAUUUGAGUUGAGACCUGGGGAGGCUGACAUUCCAAUAAACACGCAUUCCAGCUGGAAACUGCACAGACAGAAGGUGCUGCGGUACCUUGACGAUUUCCUGCAGCGGAGUCCCAGAGAUGCUCUCGGUGUCUCUGGUUUGCAGACCAACAGGGAGGGGGAGACAUGGAGGCGGUUUGUUCACUGUGUACAGCAGCAGCGGCAGCUCCAGCGCCUUCAGAAUCACAGCGAUCCUCUCCGCUCCACCGCAAGUCAGCCGAGUACCACACCGCUUCUUAUACUCCUCGAUGACAAUUUCUUCUACCAAAGCAUGAGAUACGAGGUGUAUCAGCUAGCUAGAAAACAUUCCCUGGGUUUCUGCCAGCUUUACCUGUACUGUGAAGUCAGUUCCUGUCUGAGCAGAAACCAGCAGAGGCAGUGCCCACUGCCUGAUAAGGUAAUUGUGGAGAUGGCACAGCGAAUGGAGCCCCCAGACCUUAACAGAAACCCCUGGGAGCAGAACAGUCUUGUGCUGUCCAGCACAGACUGCACCACUCAAGAGUGCAUAAAGAACAUAAUUGGGUUGUUUGGUACAGCUCUGGACAACCCACUGAAGCCUAUACAAGAUAAUACUGAAGAAAGGGAGGCUGCCCGCCUCUGUUGUGCCUCCAGUGUGGUCCAUCAGGUGGACCAAGCCUGUCGCCGCCUCGUGUCUCAGGCCAUGCAGGUCGCUAGAGAUAAUAAAGUUCCUCAGAGUGACAUGAGAAUACUGGCAGCAGAGCUCAAUCAGUUGAAAGGAAGUUUCCUGGAGGACCUUCACAGACAAGUGCCGCAUGGGUGUCCCAUCAGCCCUGGGGACAGUGUGGAGGUGGUGGUGAGCAAAGUAGCUGCCAUCUUUGAUCAGAAGAAAACUGAUGUUCUGAGGAAGUUCUGCACAGAUUACACAUCCUUACCAGAGUAAUACUUGGAAAACAUUCUGCUACUUUUUUGUUUUCUAGCAGAAUGUUACAUAAUUGUUUAAUUUUUUUUUUGUAGAGCUGGAUUGUUUUGAAGUUGAAAUAUCACAGCCAAAUCAAAUUCAGAUUGGUCAAAAUGUAAAUUUUUCAUAAUGCAUAAAUCUGGUAUAUAAAACAGA